AUCUGCUGUGCUCUAAGCGUGGGGUGGGGGAGCAUAUGACUGUCUGUCUUGUCACCUGGUUCCGUCCGUCCACCUCUCGCCAUGCUGGGCGCGGGUGUGGUCAACCUCUCUUCACCUUCCCCUGUAGAAUAUGGGGUAAAUGGGAGGGCUGCUGUUCUCUUGUCUAUCAGUAUUGCUAUCUACGUCAGUCCCAAGCUUUGCCUCGCUUUAUGUCCAUUUUUUAGCUGGAGAGACCGAGAUCCUUUGGCCCCACUCCUGAGGGUCGGCGGGGGGAUAGGGUGUUCUCGGAGUUGGUCUCCAGGGUCCUCAAUUGUUGAUUUGGGCAUGACUAGGAGGCUGUCUCUCUCGACUCUUCCAGCCCCAUGUGUUUCAGGAGGCAUUAUUGAAAGGAAGCUUUUGGGGGAAAGAAUGACUCUCCUAUCCUGCCACCAAGACACCCCCCUCCCCAACUUACCAAAUGGGUGGCAUUGGCCUGAGGGAGGAAGCCUAAGGGAAUCUGAGGAUGGCUAAAGACAGAGGUCACAGCAGAGGAGCCUUACGCCACAGCCAGAGUCACAGAAUCCUAAUCUGCCCAGCUUCUCAGAGAGUGAAGCUGUUGGCAUUAAUCCUGGGAAACCCCAUGGUGGGCAGUGGAGGAGCUGUUCCUGGACACACAGCAGGGACCAUCAGACGAUCAGCCUCCAAGGGUGACCACCUUCUAUGAGUGAGACCCAAAUUGGUGGUAGAGACCAAAGAAGUGAUACAGAAGACUUUGGGCUGGUGGAGGACUGUAACAAGUCAUAUCUACCCCAACCUCAGUCUCCUCAUCUGUAAAUGCCUGGUGAUUUGGGCAACCAGCUGGAGGCAAAGCUGGACAAGCCAACGGUCGUACACUACCUCUGCUCCAAGAGGACGGACAGCUACUUCACCCUCUGGCUGAACCUCGAGCUGCUGCUACCUGUCAUCAUUGACUGCUGGAUCGACAACAUCAGGCUGGUUUACAACAGAACAUCCCGGGCCACCCAGUUUCCAGAUGGUGUAGAUGUGCGUGUUCCUGGCUUUGGGAAGACUUUCUCACUGGAGUUCCUGGACCCCAGCAGAAGCAGUGUGGGUUCCUAUUUCCAUACCAUGGUAGAGAGUCUUGUGGGCUGGGGCUACACACGGGGUGAGGAUGUCCGGGGGGCCCCCUACGACUGGCGCCGAGCCCCAAAUGAAAACGGGCCCUACUUCCUGGCUCUCCGGGAGAUGAUCGAGGAGAUGCAUCAGCUGUAUGGGGGCCCUGUGGUGCUGGUUGCCCACAGCAUGGGCAACAUGUACACACUCUACUUUCUGCAGCGGCAGCCACAGGCCUGGAAGAACAAGUAUAUCCGUGCCUUUGUGGCACUGGGUGCGCCCUGGGGGGGCGUGGCCAAGACUUUGCGUGUCCUGGCCUCAGGAGACAACAAUCGGAUCCCAGUCAUUGGGCCCCUGAAGAUUCGGGAGCAGCAGCGGUCUGCCGUCUCCACCAGCUGGCUGCUGCCCUACAACUAUACCUGGUCCCCUGAGAAGAUCUUCGUGCGUACACCCACAGCCAACUACACACUGCGGGACUACCGCCAGUUCUUCCAGGACAUUGGCUUCAAAGAUGGAUGGCUCAUGCGGCAGGACACGGAGGGGCUGGUCGAAGCCACAGUGCCCCCUGGCGUGCCGCUGCACUGCCUCUAUGGCACUGGUGUCCCCACGCCAGACUCCUUCUACUAUGAGAGCUUCCCAGACCGUGAUCCCAAAAUCUGCUUUGGUGAUGGCGACGGCACUGUGAACUUGCAGAGCGCCCUGCAGUGCCAGGCCUGGCGCAGCCGCCAGGAGCACCAAGUGUCACUGCAGGCGCUCCCGGGCAGCGAGCACAUCGAGAUGCUGGCCAACACCACUACCCUCGCCUAUCUGAAACGUGUGCUUCUUGGGCCCUGAUUCCUGUGCCAGGCAGGGCUGUGGGAUGGCGUGGCCACAGCUGCUUCUCUUGGCUACCAUGGCCCGUAAGGUUAGCAGUUUGUGACUGACUGUCUAAUGUCCUCAGUCUGGGGUUGUGAAAUAUCUGCCAUUGGGAAGUGCUGUUUCUUAUCCUUUUCUCUGUGGAUGUGAGGAAAGAAGAAAUAGUCUGGACUCACUUGAGGGAUCCUUGCUGAAAAGAAUGCUGCUGCUGCUGCUGCUGCUGCUGCUGCUGCUGAUGGAAUUGCUGUGACCUCAGGACUGGCUCCGCAGGUGGACUGGCUGGCACCUGGCCUCAAUCCUGGACUGAGGGGUCAUUUGUUUCUCCUACCCCUGUGGCCUUUUCACAUUUACCCACUGGGCCCUGGCCCCUUAGCCUUCCUGUGGGGGAUAUUACUGAGGUGUGGUUCCUGUCCCUAAAGGUCCCAGGGAUGGUCUGGUCCCUAGGGGAUCCUUCCCACACACUGGCCACAGGUAGGCUUGGUAGUGGCUGUGGGUGGCUGGAGCUGCUGGCUUCCCUGUGGCCUAGUUGCUCAGCAGCUUGACUGUGGCUUUCUGGAGGCAGCCUGGUUCCUCCUGCAGGCAGGGGCGAGUUGUGUUCUCCAUGGUUCCCAGGUCCUGGGACAUUCACUCCUACCUCCCUCACCUCCAAGAACAGCCUAGCUCAGGAUUGGGCAGCAUAUGGCCCUCUAGUUCUUGGGGGCUGCGUUCCAGGAGCCUUGACUCCUGUGGUUGGGCUGUUACCCACAGUAUUGAUGCUGGCUCCCUUCCCUCUGGGAAUGUGGUUCAAGGAUGAGAGCAGGGCCAGUGCCAUGGCCUUUUAGGUAUUCAUGAAGAAAGAGAACUCAAGGAAGCAGCUAAGGCAGCUCGGGGUAUCCCUGCUAAAUCCACCACCACGUUGCCACCCAGCCCUAGGGUUUUUCUAGCACCCGUGUGGGCUGGUGCAGAGCUGAGAGGAGGUAGGACUCUUUCCCACUUUGCCCAGCACCUACUCCCACCAGGCAGCUCAGUGGUGUUUAGUCUGCAGAGACUAACCCAGAAGCUUGAGUCGCCCCUGAAAGAGCCAGGUGCCCUGGGGCUCCCCUGGUAAUUUCCUUCCUUUCCAGAGGUGCUGCAUGGAUCUCCCUAUAAUAGCAGGGAUAAAGAAUCUGGAUCUGCCUUGGUGGCAGUGAUCUCCAAGUGGUCAAUGGCUCUAGGCCAAGACUUGAGUCUAACCUCUAGGAUGGGACCCCAGAGCCACAGUCAGGCUGGACUGUGCUGCUCUCCCACAAGAUUUCUGUGGAGCUGGAUUUUUUUGUAUUGUGAACAUACCCAGCAUCUCCCUCCUUUUAUUCCUGAGUGGUGUGCUCCGUACUGGGGCUCUGAGCAGGCUGUACCUUGAUUCUGGCAAUAAAAAUACUCUGGAUGCUGUAAAGUG